AUGUAUUUCUCAAAUCAAACAAGACCAAAACCUAAAAAUCACAAGACUAUGAUUAUAUUGUUCAUAUUUUCAAUACAGCAAAAUGGGAGAGCUUUGGCAAUACAAGUUCAUAUAGUCCCCAGUCACGCGGUUUCUAUUAAUGAUUCUGUGGCAGCAGAAGAAGCUGCUGCUGAUUAUGAGUUUGUCAUCAGACAGUUAGUGAGAACCCGGGUUAUCAACGUGUCUGAUAUUAGCGACUGCCCGAAAUUUGAUCUCAUUCUGCUCGAAUUGGGUGCUGAUGGGCAUGUUGCAUCUUUAUUUCCAAAUCACCCAGCACUUGAUGAAAGAGAAGAAUGGGUAACUUUCAUUACUGACUCCCCUAUACCCCCACCCGAGAGAAUCACAUUCACUUUGCCUGUUAUCAAUUCUGCAUCCAACGUAGCAGUGGUCGCAGCAGGUGAAAGCAAAGCAGAUGCUGUACUGUUGGCAGUAGAUGAGAUUGGACCCGAUUGUCUGUCAAUACCAGCAAGAAUGGUCCAACCAGCUAACCGGAAGUUGGUGUGGUUUUUGGAUAAGUUAGCCACCACAAAACUCGAAGACUCCGACUUGAACAACUGGUAUAUGAAGUCCCUGGCAGAAGUCUAA